CCGAGCAUAUCACCUCCACAGAGCAAGUGCCUUUACUUGAGCAGAGGAGGGAGUGGGGAGAGGAGGCUGGCAGCAUAGGGAAGAGAGAAAUCCCUCAGGAGCGUGCACCGGGGAGCGUCUACGACUUUGCAAAGAGAGCUGUAAAGUGUUCAGGGAAACGGACAGAGGUGUUGGGGGAUCAAAGUGGUCGCUGGGUCUGGGAAAGCGUGCAGAGAGCGAAUCAAACACUGGCGCUGUUGAUCCCGGUGUCCCUGGCACAGUGAAGGAGCCGGAACAGGAGAGUGAAAAGGUUGCGGGAUCUUACGAGCGAGGGAUCCUUUCACAGUCAACCUAGCCAGAUGAAUGCUGUGAGACACAAUUGACUGGAGAGAGAUUGCUCCACUUUUUUUUUCAAAUUUUCCUCCUCUGAAAGCAUCAGAAGAGAAAAGACUAGGUAAGAAAGACGAGACGUUACUUCUCUUGGCUUCAUUCAUGCUGGAUGGUGGCGAGGAGAACUCCUUGACAGAAAAGGCAAUUUUCAAAUCCUGACUUACUGCAAUGCUUUUUGCACUCAGAAUAACUUUCUGGGCUUUUGCACGCUCAACGAGCACAACAUAUAAAUAACCUCCGUUCUCCUCAGUGGCUGAGAUUGAAACCAUUAAGAUGCCUUGAACUGUAAGUGGAUUACAACGGCAAUAUUUUGGGACUGCUCUUUGAAAAAAGAAGAGGAAAAUCUAUAAGUGGUGGAUUUACAUCUGUCAGAGUGGAAGAGGAUCCUGUGCCGCUUUGUCUUUCUUUUCCUGUGGAUUACAGAUGGGCUUUGUGAUCUUGCCGCACAGUCUCAUGGAUGACUGUGCACCAGUCAUUAGGAUAAAGUACAAAGGGGGACUCAAGUGAGGACUGAGAUGAAUCUUUAUCCCUGAAGAUUGGGCAAACGCAGAUGUUGAAAGUGAAUCUGCAAUUUAAUGUUUUGUUCCUAAUAAUAGGACAUGAAAGUCAUUUGUUCAAGUGUUGCAUUGCAUUUAAAGAGGGCUUCUCGUUGGACAGACAUGCUGACGUUGUUGGCACACUAGUUGAGUGUCAUUCACUAAAUGAAGGGUUCUGUCUACAUGGCAGGUGGCUUGGACACAAGCAAAGAGUGACUGCGUUGAUUUGUGUCGUUUCUAUUUCCUGGUGAACGGAGCAGAAGUCACUUUGCGGGAACACCGUAAAUUCAUUUGCAUCUUGACUGGACAAACCGAGGACUCCUCCUCUUCUCAACUGCGCAAGGAUGGUACCACCACCUCCCACCAACAAGCCACACGUGUGCCUGUCCACCAUCCUCAUCAUGAGCAGCAUGGCGCUGAUUGACGCCUACCUGGUGGAGCAGAACCACGGCCCGCGCAAGAUUGGCAUCUGCAUCAUGGUGAUGGUGGGAGACAUCUGCUUUCUGAUUGUCCUGCGCUACGUGGCCGUGUGGGUGGGGGCUGAGGUGCGCACGGCCAAGAGGGGGUACGCCAUGAUCCUCUGGUUCCUCUACAUCUUUGUGCUGGAGAUCAAGGUCUACUUUGUGUAUCAGAACUAUAAGGCCGAUAGGAAGAGCCUCGACGCUCUUGCCAGGAAGGCACUAACACUGCUGCUCUCCAUCUGCAUUCCAGUGCUCUUUGUGGUGCUGGUGGCUAUUGACCACAUGGAGUAUGUGCGUGCCUUCAAGAAACGGGAGGAGAUCCGCAAUCGUCUCUUCUGGGUGGUGGUGGACUUGCUUGAUAUUCUGGACAUUCAGGCCAACCUGUGGGAGCCCCAGAAGAAGGGCCUCCCUCUGUGGGCGGAGGGCUUAAUGUUUUUUUACUGCUACAUCCUCCUCCUUGUGCUACCCUGUGUGUCUUUGAGUGAGAUCAGCAUGCAAGGUAUCAACAUUGUGCCCCAUAAAAUGCUUCUUUACCCAAUCCUCAGCCUGGUGACUAUAAACAUCAUCACGCUCUUUAUUCGUGGUGGCAACAUGAUUUUGUACAGGGAUGCACGGGUGUCGGGGAUCUUAAUAGGAAAGAACAUACUGGCUAUUAUCAUAAAGACCUGCAGCUUUGUCCAGUACAGGAGACAGUUGCAGAGUGCCCCUCCUGCUUUUGGGGUUGAGCUGCAGAAAAACUCACUGGCCCAUGCCCGCCCUUCCCCCACCCCUCCCCAAGCAGUUAUCCAGGACCAGACACCCCUGCCCGAGGUGACAACAUGCGAGCACACGUGACAAAAAUGCUUUGCAGGACCCUCAAGGUGCUGGCAGGGCACAACGUUUGACACUUUUUAGUUCAUGUGCACAAUCAUCGGAAGAAAAAAAAAAAAAACAGAUGCACACGCAAGAUGUUUAGCCAGCAUCUCCAGUUCUGUCAUGUUGCAAUUUACAUCUUGUGAUUUUGUUGAAGCGCUUUCGUCCUGCGAAUUCAAUUGAUUGUGUAUCUUUCAAAAGGUAGAGGAAAAAGUGGAAGACAAGAGUAUAUAUUUUUGAAUUGGCUGUCGCAUUGUAAUGUGUGAUGUGGUGUGUAUUUGUUUUGCUUGAGUCUUUUUAGUAGUUCAGGGCUUUAUAACUGGAGCAAAUGAGAAAAUCCAAGUAAUGUGAAUAUAACUGUUCAAAUGAUGACGAAAGUGUCUUUUCUAUGUGACUUUUUGAUAAAGUACUGCCCUUCUAUGA